AUCUCUUCUUAAGCGUUCCACCGGUUGCAACACAAACACAUUUCCCCAACUCCUCGGCUCGCAAUUAUCAUACGACCAGCACACUCUGGUCUCCAUCGCGCUUCCUGUAGACUCACAACCCACUUCCCCCGAACAAACAAAAGCUUUACAGCUUUAGAGCAGUCAUUUUCCUUCCGCCGCCCACCACGGAUUUCCUCGGAACACCUUUGAGUCCUACCUGCUCGAGCGAGAGCUCCCAUUCCACCGCUCCCUUCGGCGACCUUGUGUCUCGCAACGAGAAUCUAACACCACCACCAACCCACAGAUCCACGCCAGAGCCUGCAUUCAACAGGAUGCCCGCUCCAAUCGAUAUCACUUCUCGGCCACAACCCCAUCAACCCAAAUCGAAUCUUACUAGUCAGCUACGAGCGGCCGAAGGCACAGGUUAUGCCGCUCCAGAGGCCCGAGCUGGCAGCGUAUCACAUAGUAAUGGUAUCCCGGUGUCAAAUAGAUUGAGGCGAGAGAGUAUGGUGAAUAGUGAUAUGGCUAGAAGCUUGAUGGGCGCUGGUGCCAUGAGCUGGGGCGCUGUAAGUGUUGGAAGUUGGAUAAGAGACGACAUCAUCAUGGCGGGCACCUCACCAUUCACAUUCAAUUCUCCUUCUUUCCACUCUUCGUCAUAUCUUCCGAAGCUCGAAGCCGAGUUUUGCCGAGAUUUUUCUUGCUGUGGUUUGCCACUUCCCUCUUUACAUGAUCUCCUAAGGCAUUAUGAGGAGUUUCACGCACAACAAACCGGACCUGUACGUCGGGAUGAGAGCGGUGUCUCCGGUCAUGAGCUUGAGCGGCAACACGGGCAGAUCCACCGCCCCCAGAGGCGAGACGCCAGUGGUAUGACAAGUCCUAUUAGUGGAAUGGGUGGUAUACAGCUGGGUAUGAUGCAACAACAGCAACUUCAGCGACUGAAGCAACAACAGCAACAGUCAGCAGAAGCGAGCAGUCAAGAUAUGAGGGAGGAGGAGGAACAGGACGGAGAGAUUGCCGGUGACAUGGAAAUGGACGACGAGGAAAUGACCCCCCCGCCUAACGCGGGCCCACUUACCCCGCAGAGCCAUAAUCAAUACCCCUCGCAUCCACCCACACCCUCUACGCAUAGCCAUCCCUCAUAUCAGAACACUCCGAAUCUGCCACAUGCUCAACUCUCUAAUCUUAACAUUAACCAGCAGCCUUCUCAUUUCUCGCCCGAGUCUUCUGGCCCGGGUACUCCACUUGCUAUGGACCAGUUAGAAUACUCAUUCCCUUCUAACAUGAGCAACAUGCAAGGCGUCGUGGGCGUUCAAAAUAAUGGUUUCAACAAUAACAACACCUCAUUCGAGAAUAGGGCUGACAUGUCACUUGAUUUGUGCAUCGACGAACCCGCCAAACGUCUCUUCAGCCCUGGGGGACAAGCGAUGAGUGGGGGGUACACACAACAGCAGUUGCAUAUGUUAAUUUCUGGUGGCGCUCAAGGUGUUCAUCCUGAGGACAAGCCCUUUAAGUGUCCCGUUAUCGGUUGUGAGAAGGCAUACAAAAACCAGAAUGGCCUCAAAUACCAUAAAUCUCAUGGACACACCAACCAACAACUUUUUGCCAAUUCAGAUGGAACAUACUCUAUCGUCAAUCCCGAGACGUCGGCGCCGUACCCCGGUACAUUAGGCAUGGAGAAAGAGAAGCCUUAUCAGUGCGAACUUUGCGGCAAACGAUACAAGAAUCUCAACGGCCUCAAGUAUCAUCGAGCACAUUCUAUCCAUCCCGCAACAGCUCCACCACCAGGGGGUGUCAUAGCUGUUGCUGGUUCUGGCGAAAGUGGGAUUGGCUUAGUAUGAGCACUAUUUGUUGGUUCUCAACAUUCGGCGUCUGUCAUCCCUUCAUCUUUUUCACUUUGCCCGUGAUAUUCGCGGCUCAUUUGUUUUUUGGGGGGGUUCACCUCCCUUAAUUCUGUAUCAAUUUCCUUGUAUGGGUGGUAGCGUUUCCUUUCUUCGAUCCUGUUUCUCCUUUUCUUUCUGGGUGGGAUUCCCGGUGGCGAUUCCUCGUAGCUCGCGGCUCCAGGACAAAAACGUCUUGACGGAGGGGGUUUUCAAGAGGAGGGUGGAACCGUAUCAAGUGCCUCCACCACCACCACCACCAGAUCUUUUCCCUGUUUGCUUUGCUUGGUGUUCUGUUUCUAUGGGUCAUCGUUUCUGGGCGCCUUACUCGUUAGCUUAUUAAAUGGGGUUCGGUUUCUAACGACAAAUGCGGAAAACAGCAAAGUACUGAGGAGAUCACGACAAAUGGGUUUUCUUCUUAUACAAAAAGUUAGUGGUUUUGUUUCUUUGUUAGUUUUUGUUGUAUAAUUUUUUUCUUCCACUUUCACUUGCCCUUCAACCAUGUCAAUUCUCUACAUUUCCCAAGCACCUUUUCGUGUUCUCUAUCCACUCCCCUUCUCAUAUCUAUACACUGUUUCUGCUUGGUCUGGGUGUUCUGUCUAUUCUUUCUUUCUCCGCUGGCUCGUACGGGUUUUCGAAAUUGGCCAUGGUUCGGAAUUGUCUGCUCUAUUCUAUUUUCUGUAGGGUAAGAUAGGAGGUCGGCAAUUUUAUCCAUUAUCCGCGUCAGAUCCAUUCUGCGCUUGUUUUUAUUUUCCUUCUGUGCGUCUUUACCUUGCACCGAUUAUUUUUUUUACAAGGGACCCCACUACAAUGAGCCUUCGUACCUACGUAUAUUUUAAUCAUAGUUCAACUCGG